AUGUCGGUCAUCUACAAAGAUCGCGACGAACCGCGCACAUACACGACUGUCCGCCGCUAUCGAGUCCCCGACCGCGCAUUUGAAGAAGAGGAUACCUACGAGAAACAGAUCGUCAUCAAGCGCGACCGCGAACAAGCUCCCAGAUACGACCGCGAUCUCGAGUACCGCACCCGCGAAAGGGAGGCCCCAAGAGAAAUCGUCCGCUACGAAAGAAAUGUUGAGCGUGCGCCCUCCCCUCCUGAUCGAGUACGCGAAUUCCGUUAUGAACGGGAAGUAGAACGUGAGCCUCCUCGCCGCGAUCAAUGGGACCUUGAAAGAUACACUCGCUCGACCGAAUAUUAUCAGCCGCAGCCCAUCAUCAUACGCCAGGACCCACAGCCCAUCAUCAUCAAGGAAGCCCCUCGUCAACCCGUCGUACUUCAACAAGAGCCACAAUACGACGAUGCACAGAGGAGAAGGGAUGACGAAGACUACUACUACGAACGCACGACUCGAGCAGUUGAUCGAGGCCCGCGUCGUGGAGGCGGUGGUGAGGACUUCUAUGAUGAGCGUGAUUACAGACACGAUGUUGACCCUCGGGAUUCAGCGUCCAAUUAUGCCGACGACCGCUACAGCAGCGACGAGGAUAUCGUCAUCACUCGCACAGAACGCAACGGCGGCUCGCGCGAUCACUCACCUCACCACCGCCGUCACCUAGCCGAAGGCGCCAUAGCCGGUCUUGGAGCCGCCGAGAUUCUACGCCAUCACCGCCGAAAACAAGGAGAUGAGUCCGGUCACCGUGGUCGUCAACUUUUGGGCGGCGCUGCAUUGGGUGCUGUUGGUGCCGAAGCACUGAGCCGUGCCAGAAGUCACAUGCGAAGUUCACGCUCAAGAUCAGUUUCCACCGAUCGUUCGCAUCGUUCCAGCCGUCGUGAAAGACGCCGUCGCCAUCGCAGCAAGAGUCGAAGUAGGAGUCGUUCUCGCGCACGUACUUUGGCCAAAGUUGGUACAGUAGCCGCCGUCGGCGCGCUUGCAGCAUACGCUCUCCGAAACAGAGGAAACAAGGAAACGGUAAUCGUUAACAACGAAGUGCCACCAACACGUCGCAGCAGAUCUAGAAGACGCCGUGCCUCGGUCGGUAGUGUCCCUCCCCCUUUGGAUGCCAGACCCAGAAGCAGAAGCGAAAGCAAGCAUCGCGAUCCCGAACACCGCAACCGUCGUAUUGCUCAGGCAGGCCUUGCAACCGCUGCAGCCGCCGGAAUCCUGGACCGUGUUCGCAGUCGUUCAAGAGGUGGCAAGAAAUCUCGCUCCAAGAGCAGAAUCCGUACAGGUGUGCCGAUUGCUGCCGCAGGACUGGGUGGUGCUGCCGUCGCCGGCUUGUACGAGCGAAGUAAGGCUCGCAAAGAAGCCGUGAGAGACGACGCAUCCGAGCCUGGACGUGCCAGGUCCAGAUCUCGUAGCAGAUCUCGCAGCAGAUCUGUCCCCUACCCUGAUGACGAACCUCGUUUGCGUAGAGCUUCGAGUGAUCCCGCGCUUAUAGAAUAUGGCGACGAUCCGAUCUACCCGAACCGACGCUACGAGGAAGCACCCGCAGAGUACAGACGCAGACGCAGAGGUAGUUCUGCUUCGUUGAGUCCCGACAGACGCAGACACGACAGAUCGAGUCGCUCCAGAUCGAGAAGCCGCAGUCGGACUAGAGGUUUGGCCGAGGGUGCUGCCGCCGCUGGAGUCGCCGCUGUAGCUGCACACGAGCUGGGCAAACGGGAUGAACGUAGGAGAUCAGACCGAGACAGAGACCGUGAUCGCGAUCGUCGCGAAGAAGAGGAAGACAUGUAUGCACACGACAGACCAUACUCGCCGCCACCAAUGGGUGCCAAUGCUGCCUACCCUCCCACUCCUCAAAGCCAGGACUACUAUCCCGCCACCAACUCUUUCCCACCCCCACCCACAGACAAUUACGGACGUCAGCCCGACUAUCCCCCACACGAAUACCCACCCUAUAAUCCUGCCGAUUAUCCACCACCUCCCGGUGCCGCUGGUGUCCCUCGUGGCCGACAUGACGAACGCUAUGCCAGCCCUGAUCCCAAUCUGGGGUAUCCUCCUGCCAACGAGACCUUUGCUGGUGACACGCGCUAUGCUGGCGACAAUCGCGGCAGGCCGGGUCCAGAACACGUGAGUUCGACUCCUCCUUCUGAUGCACACGACUCAGCUUCUGGUGGGUGGUUCGGCUUUUGUACUGCCUCGUCCCCUGUGUCCCUUCCUUGCCAUCACUUCCCCUAUCUGCCAACUUUUUUGAAUGAUUUGAACUCCGGCUAA